UGCAAUUAGAGAUCAAAUUAUGUCUUCUAUUAAAUUCUUUUAUAUCAUACUUUCAUUAGUGCCAGCUAUAUCAGCAUCUAAAAUAUUGGCUAUAGUUUCUACGCCGUCGUACAGUCACCAAAUAUCCUUUCAAAGGAUAUGGAUAAGUUUAGCGCAAAAAGGUCACCAAGUAACGUUGUUAACAACAAAUCCGAUCAACGACCCGAAUUUAAAGACUCUACGCGAAAUAAACACGAACAGUUCGUACGAAAUAGUGCAUGAGUAUUUAGAUAAAGUGCGUGAUUUGCCGGAAUCGCAAAUUGUUAGAUUCAUUGCAAGGAGCCUCGAUGAAAUCAUGGAGCAACAAUUAUCCCUCGAUCCUGUAGUGAAUUUAAUCCGCAACGAGAGCGAUUACGACGUUGUGAUAUGUGAAAGUUUGUUUUUUGAAAUGCAAGCUUUCGCAGAUUUGUAUAAAUGUCCGAAGAUUUUGAUUUCGUCGUUUCAACCCUUCAAUUUCCAUUUCCAAUUUUUGGGUAGCCCCAGCAGCCCAGCUGCAAAUCCAAGUACCGAACUAGGGUUCAUAGGUGGAGUAGAUACAAGUUUUUCCAACAGAUUCUCAAGUUUUGUUAUGAGUGUUCUUUAUACGUCUAUAAAGCAUUUUGUACACUUUCCACAACGGCACGAUUUGUUAAAGAAACAUUUCGGGCCGAACGUUAGAAGCCCUUUGGAAAUAUUAAGAGAUACCGACCUAUUUAUUAUUACUUCGAAUCAUAUACUAAAUGAAAUAAGGCCGUUAGGACCUAAUAUCGUGCAUCUAGGCGGUGGAUUGCACCUCUCACCCCCAAAACCGCUACCGAAAGAAAUAAAGGAAUUCUUGGAUAGCGCAACAGAAGGAUUUAUAUACUUAAGUUUAGGCACUAACGCUAAAAGUAUGUAUUUGCCAAAUGAAGAAAUCCAAGUCAUCAUGGAAGCAUUCAGCGAAUUGCCUUAUAAAGUUUUGUGGAAAUUAGAACGGCAAGACAUAUUACAAAUACCUAAAAACGUAAAAAUCAUGUCUUGGAUUCCGCAACAAGACGUUCUGAGACAUCCCAAUAUAAAGUUGUUCAUUAUGCAAGGGGGUCUCCAAUCGUUGGAAGAAUCAAUUCUCACCCACGUUCCUAUGGUAAUCAUGCCUGGCUGGAUGCCUGAUCAAGUGGUGAAUUCGAGAAGAAUGGAACACAGAGGACUCGCUCGAAUUAUUCACCACCAUCCAAUACCCGAUAAAGAAGAGUUUAAGAGCGUAAUAUUAGACGUUAUAAACGAUCCGAAGUAUAAAGAAAACGUUGUAAAAACUGCUGAGUUACUUCUGGAUCAACCUAUGAGUGCUGUAGAUAAAGCAGUUUGGUGGAUUGAAUACGUAAUUAGACAUAAGGGCGCGAAGCAUUUAAGAAUCCCUUCAAUAGACAUGCCUGCUUACCAAUUUUACUGUUUGGAUAUCAUAGCGGUGAUAAUUAUAUUAGUUUUUAUCUCUAUUUGGAUUUUUAAAAAAAUAUGCAGUUUUAUAUUCCAAUUAUUUUUGAUGUUAAUAUUUAGCAAGAAAAAAAGAGAGUAACUUCAAAUCGAUUAUUGUCAAAUAAUGUGUAAUUAUGUAUAAAGUAUAAUGUAUUGUAUAGAAGUUUAUAAC